AUGGAGUCCGAGUCCUUACCUUCCCUACCGACCUCGUCCUUGAUGCUCAAGAAGUUUCUACACUGGAAUGUGACCCACCCUGCCGCACUUCUUGCACGCGCCACGGACCUCGUCAGCGUUGGAUCCGGUGACACGGGCCAGGGCGAGCAGACCCUGGAAGCUGGCGUAUGGGUUCUCGGGCUCGGGCUCGAGCUCGGCGGCGGAGGAGCUCUUGUGGGUAGACUUGUUCUUCUCCUCUUUGUUGGGCGCGUAGGGGUCGUACCCGAUGGCGCUCUGCCAUAUGCCGUGGGUCUGCAGAGCGGCGCUGCUGUGGACCCGAUUGUUCGCCGGCAUGCGAACCCUCCCAGCGGUGGCCGGCAUCUUGAUGGAUUAGCGGGACAACGCACGAAUGGAAGAUUUGGAAACCGAAAUUGA